AUGCUCUUUGGCGUGGGGAUAGUGCUCCUUGUCCUCCUGGAGCUGUCCAGCCCUGGAGCCGUCCCCGGCCCCUGCCAGUGUUCUACCCUCCGGGCCUCGCUGCUCAGGGUAAACUGCAGCUCCCAGAAACUCACAGAGGUUCCUCUUGUUCCUGUGGAAACCGAGGAACUCCACCUUCAGAACAACCUCAUGACGCGUGUUCCUGACAGGUAUUUCGACACGCUGCAGAACCUGAGGAUGGUGUCUCUGUCAGGGAACCCUUUUCGCUGUGACUGCGGGAUCCAGUACCUGCGUAGCUGGCUGCGGAAAAACAGGGCACUGAUUCCAGUGAUGCCCACCUGUGCCAGUCCAGAUGCCCUUGUGAACAAAGCCAUCCAUGAACUGGAUAAUUCCGACCUCUCCUCCUGUAGUCCUGACCACAGUUGUCCUGGUGGCGUUUAUAAUGCCAUUCUGGGAUUCAUGCUGUGUACCCUGAUUGCUUUACUGUUCUGGAGCCUUAGGCUGGCGAAGGACUUAACAUACAUACUCCGGAUUUGUGAAAAACACGCUGGUUUUGAGGCGGAAUCACUUAAGUCCCGCAAACCAAAACACAGGAGGACGGUACAGAGAGCCGCCGAUAUGAUGGAUGAACUGGAGCAGCCUUUGCUCAACAUGGAAAUACUCCCGCCAAUAACUGAUGUUUUACGUAAGAAACACAACAAGAUCAAAGAAGUAUGAAUGAACCUUUUAUACAUGAAAACAAUACACUUCUAGUCUGCUGGUAUUAUAAUAUCAUGGACCUAGUUUGUUUACUUUUAGACUCUGGGCUCAAUGUGAUUUGAGUUCAUUGAUACCAUGGUUUUUGUACUCAGAUCUCAAAGCACUUAUUGAAUAAUGCUAAGAUUGCCAUGAGCUAUGGAUUGGAUUUGGUUUUGGAAGUGUUACUUCCUGUCCUCAGAUUCUACAGGAAAUUACUUCAAACUAACAAAGGGUAUCUAAAAUUAUCAUGAACAUGCACUGGGUAAUGAUCAAACAAAACAAAUGAUUGUAUAGAUACAACUGGUAUGUGGUAUACCUCAUUUCAUUAUUCUUUCAUCUGAAGUUAAAUGUGCAAUGGGAUGUACUGCCUUUGAGAAAAUAACCAUGAAAAAGGAAAUAAACAAUAGAUAAAGACAUUUAUGUGGACAGAUUGGAGUGUCGACAUGUACAGCUUGACAACUACUCCAAUCAACUGCUGACUACACACACUCAAAGUGCUACACUGAGCAAAACGCAACAAGUUGAACUGAAAUUCAGUAUAAUUCAGUACCUUUUCCAUGCUUGCAAAAAGCUAAUUUCUCUCAACUGCCGUGCACAAACUCAUAUCUGUAGCCAUAGUCAUGUGAAAUCAAUGGUUCACUUCCUAAUGCAUGACUGUAUACCUAUUUCAUGAUAUGAACUGUACUGCAAGGAAAUCUCAAUGUCGUUCUCUGUUGCAUUUAUAUUUUGUUCUGGAGAUAUUGUACACACACAGUGCCCUCCAGGAUUAUUGGCAACGUUAUUUGAUGAAUGAAAAAGGCUAAUGAAAAUUUCACUUACUUUUUAUCAAAUGUUGUUUUUACUCAAAUAAAGAAAAUACCUCAAUUCCAAAUGAGCCAAUUGCCACAAGUAAAAAGUCACAUGUGAUCAUAAAAUAGAUUUUCAUCUAUGUGAAUUAUUGGCCUAAUAACCAAGUUCCAGCUUCCUGGCAUGGGCAGCCAGAUUCUGAUUUAAAAUCACCUGGUACUUCCUGGAAUCCAUAAUGUCACUUAUGCGAUCAAUACUAUCACCUGAGAUCAAUACUGCCAGGGCCUUUGGAGGAGAAAUAGCCCCACAGCAUCACAGAUCCUCCACCAUAUUUAAAAGCUUGGUUUUAGGUGAUUUUCUCUGCAGCCAUCUUUAUUUCUACGCCAAAUCCACCUUAAGUGUUUAGAGUAAUUUUUUUUUUCUCAUAAAAGCUCAUCUUUGUUUUGUCUGACCACAGUACCCUAUCCCAACUAAAGUUCCAGUGGCCUCUGGCAAACUCCAAGCGAUUUUGCUAGCGACAAAAAGAUAGGAAAGGCUUCUGUCUGGCAUACCUUUCAAACAGUUUGUUGACAUGGAGGUGACAUUUUAUUGUACCCCAAAAUGCUACCAAACUCUUCCAACAAACAAUUCUGACACUGUGGUCUUUGGAGAUUUGUUUCUUCUUCUCUGACCAUCCUCCUCACUGUAGUCAUGCAAUCUCAUCCACUGGUUCAUGAUAAUUCAGAAUUGUUUUAAACUUAAACUAAAAUGGCUUUAACUAUUAAUAUGGUCAUUUUAAGUUGAGCAGCUAUUUUCUUGUGUCCAUUCCCUGGCUUGUGCAAGUCAACACACUUUUGCCUUAUUGCAAUGGAAUGCUGUUGAAUCAUUCCCAUGGUGAUGAAUGACUAAGGGAUUUGUGCCAUGUGUCUCAUUUUCAUGCCCCAGUGAAACAAGAAAACAUUAAGGAUAGCUUUAAAUUUCCUGAACACUUAAGGUAAAUAUGAGUGGAGAUAAUACUUCAUUUACAUUCCUUAAUUAAAAUUGUAUUUUUAUUUAAUGGUUGCUUUAUUCACAGACUAAACUUCCAUCAAAUAAAGAUUUGUUUCUAUUUUCAAUAAAAUAUCAACAUUAAUAAAUUAAGCCUUUUCAAUCAUCUUUAGCAAGGGUGCCAAUAACUCUGUAGCAUUGUAUAUCACUCUCUGGGCGUAUUUAAAGUGACCUAUAAUGUGUUCCAUUUGA